CUCAAAACUGUUAUAUAGCAAGUCAUCUUAACACAAAGUUUCCAUUCUUAAAUUUAUUUCGAGUUUUAACGCGUUAAUUAAUUAAAUACUGUGAAAAUGCCUGCUGAAAACUUGGAAGAACAAGGAUUAGAGAAGAAUCCAAAAUUGGAACUUGCCCAAUUCAAGUUCCUGCUCACAUUAAAAGAGAAUUUGAACAAUGAAGAAUUAAAAACAAAGUUGAUGGAUGAAAUUAAGGCUGAGAAUAUGGCAAUGUUCUAUGAAGAAACUUGUACUGAGCUUGGAUGGACUGUUGAUCAACAGCUAUUGUCUGAGAUGAGGGCAGUAAAUGCUAAAAAGAUUGAGGAAUUAGAUGCAGUAAUUGAGGAUGCCGAAAAGAAUUUAGGUGAAAUGGAAGUUCGCGAGGCAAAUCUUAAGAAAUCUGAAUACCUGUGUCGCAUUGGUGAUAAAAAUGGAUCAAUUUCGAGUUUCAGAAAGACAUACGAGAAGACAGUGAGUCUUGGACAUCGUUUAGACAUAAUUUUCCAUAAUAUUCGCAUAGGAUUGUUCUAUUUGGAUCACGAUUUGAUCACUAGAAAUAUAGAGAAAGCAAAAACAUUAAUUGAGGAGGGAGGAGAUUGGGAUAGACGUAAUCGUCUGAAAGUAUAUCAAGGAGUUUAUUCUGUUGCUAUUCGUGACUUUAAAUCAGCUGCUCAAUUCUUCCUCGAUACAGUCAGCACAUUCACAAGCUAUGAAUUGAUGGAUUAUCCAACGUUUGUUCGUUAUACUGUCUAUGUUGCAAUGAUCAGUUUACCGAGAAAUGAAUUAAGAGACAAGGUGAUAAAAGGUGCGGAAAUACAGGAAAUCCUUCAUCAACUUCCUGAAGUUAAGGAAUAUCUCUUCUCGCUUUAUAAUUGUCAUUAUGCUGAUUUUUUUAUUAAUCUUGUAAAAGUUGAAGGAUACUUAAGAGCUGACUUUAUGGCUAAUCCUCAUUAUCGUUUUUACGUUCGUGAAAUGAGAAUUCUCGCAUAUACACAACUUUUGGAAUCUUAUCGUUCCUUAACGCUUACUUAUAUGGCUGAAGCAUUUGGUGUUUCUAUAAAUUAUAUUGAUGCUGAACUUUCACGAUUCAUUGCUGCUGGUCGUUUGCAUUGCAAAAUCGAUCGAGUUGGUGGAAUUGUCGAAACAAAUAGACCAGACAGUAAAAAUUAUCAAUAUCAAUCCACAAUCAAACAAGGAGAUUUGCUAUUGAAUCGUAUUCAAAAACUCAGUCGUGUAAUCAACAUUUAAGUAUGCUUACUGGAGAUUUAUGCGUCUUUUUGUAUUUCAUUAAUAAUCAUAAAGAAAAAUAAUAAAAUGUACGAAAAUUAACAA